UAUAGACAUUUGUAUACAAUAACAAAACAAUUUAAAGGACAGAAAGGGAGGAAAAGCUGAGUCACAUUUCCAAGACAGCUGAAAACUAGUUUUGUGUGUGUGUGUGUGUGUGUGUGUGUGUGUGUGUGUGUGUGUGUGUGUGUGUGUGUGUGUGUGUGUGUGUGUGUGUGAGUGUGAUGCUUGUGCAUGCAGUUACGUCCUGGAGGAUGAUGCCAACACAAUAGCAUUGACAUUGAAUUCUUGGGCUUUUUAUUGAAGGAAAGCGUUUACACGAUACAGCCUUUAAGGACACUGAGGACAACACAUUGCCCUGCUUAUACCUGAAGGACAUCUGACUUGUGACUAUCCACCUGAUCUAGACUGAACUUUUUAGGUGUGCGACACAUUCGUGCAUUGUGCAAAGGCAUAUUUUACCACUUUUUCAAGAGGUUUCAUGACUUUAUGAAGUUCUCACCUGUAUGGAAGGAAAUUAAAACAGAGAGAGUUAUAGACUGCUUAUCUGCAUUUUCUUCAGCAACCUCAGGGACAGAAACGAUGGACAAAAGUCCAGGUGGAAGAGUUAUCCUCUAUGCAGGGUCAACAGGAAGUGCGAGCCCCAGUCCAGGAAGCCCCUCCAGUGGGUACCAGACUCAGUCUCCAUCCUCUCCGCCUUCAUCCCCGGAAGAGUUCUCCUUCACUGAGCUCAGCACUCUCAAAAAGCAUCCAGCUGGAAGAAAUGCCAAUUCAGCAGGGGUCAAUAAACUGGUUUUUCAAUUUCCAGAAGUGAGCAGAGUUUCUGCUGUCAACCCUGUUACCCCAACCGUAACAUUAUCAGGGCAGAACUCAUACACUCACCCGCUGGUUGGCAGGAGACCUAGUGGAUUCACAGAAACAGGAGGCAUGGUUUUGCUCUGCAAAGUAUGUGGGGAUAUUGCAUCAGGAUUUCACUAUGGUGUCCAUGCAUGCGAGGGAUGCAAGGGUUUCUUUCGUCGCAGUAUCCAGCAGAACAUCCAUUAUAAGAUGUGCGUGAAGAAUGAAAACUGUCUGAUCACGAGGAUGAACCGCAAUCGAUGUCAGCACUGUCGCUUUAAGAAUUGUCUCUCUGUCGGCAUGUCCAGAGAUGCUGUGCGAUUUGGGCGUAUUCCAAAGCGUGAGAAACAACGACUAUUGGACGAAAUGCAGAGUUACAUGAACAGUCUUAAUGAAUCAGCGUCCAUAGACAUUAACUCUAAUACACCCACCGACACCCCUACCAGCCCUGGAGAUGGCCAAUCAGAGGAGGCCAUCAGUGCUAUCUCGCAAACUUAUCGCAAUAUCUUUGUGAAUGGGAAGAAGUUAUUGAAGAUUAGCAAAAAAAACAACAUCAACAGUCCUUCAUCCUUUCAUCAAAAUCCAAUCCCAGAGUCUGGCUACACCGAGUGUCACACUCAGUCCAGCGUUUCACAGCAAGAACAUCCCAUUCAUUCCACAAAAGGCUGUCUCGCCCAAUCCAGAUGCCCAGUCGCCAACCAUGACAACAAAGCAAUAACCCAAGCUAUGGAUAACGGUCAAUAUAAUUUCCCACAAUCCUUCAAUCCAAGCCAGGGAAACCCCCCUUCUCAAAGCUGUCCAUCUAAUUACAGCAAUUAUUCUAUUCAGACGUCUUGUCCUUGGAGACUGAGUCCUGGGACGAAAGUUCUGGCAUGUCCUCUCAACGCGUGUCCCAUUUCUCCAGCCAAUUGCUCUAAUCAGCAGGUUUGGGAGGCUUUCUCCCAGUGCUUCACUCCAGCUGUUAAAGAAGUGGUUGAGUUUGCCAAGAGCAUUCCAGGGUUUCAAGGCCUGAGUCAACAUGAUCAGGUCAUGCUGCUGAAAGCAGGAACCUUCCAGGUUCUGAUGGUGAGGUUCUGCUCACUGUUUGAUGCCAAGGAACAUAAAUUAACAUUCUUGAAUGGUCAGACAUAUCUGCUGGCAUCUCUGCGAGUUCUUGGCAUGAGUGGUCUAUUGGAUGCCAUGUUUGAGUUCAGUGAGAAGUUGGGGAACAUGGGUAUGGAGGCCGAUGAGAUGGCACUUUUCAUGGCUGUGGUGCUGGUUUCUGCAGAUCAUUCAGGUAUAUCAGAUGUGGGAGCCGUAGAGCAGCUUCAGGAGGAUUUGAUUGGUUCCCUUCGGUCUCUCCUCACUCGCCGAAGACCAGAGGACAGCUCACUGUUCCCCAAACUCCUGCUGCAUCUACCUGACCUCCGCACCCUCAAUAACCAGCACUCAGAGAAACUCCUUGCCUUCCAUAUCGGCCCCUGAGAAGAGAAAGAGACAAAUACCAGAUCUUCAGUCUACAGCUUGAUAAUAAAGGGCCGUUAAAUGGUUCAGGGUGCUCUUUCAGUAAAAAUAAGCCAUGUGUAAUUCAGGAUAAAUGUCUGAAUUGCAACUAGCACUGACUCAGGUUUGAUCCAUCACAAGAAAAAAAUGUCAAUCUAAAAUAUGAAGUACAGAAAUCUUUGAAUAAAGGAGCUGAUAUUGAACAACUUUUUUUUUUUUCAGAAGACAAUUGAAGAAAUAACAAGGUGAUGGCUGUUUUUAUUUCCAGAAUUGAUCUAGGAUCACAAUGUAAGAUCAGUCUCAGUAUGCGCUUCGGGACAUUAUAAAGACUUUUCUCUCCAGAUGCUAUGCAUUUAUCUUCAUAUCUUUCAACACAUUGUUAAACCUUUAAAAAACAAAAUCUCAUUUUACAUCAUAAGCUAUUUAAGUUCAAAGAAACAAUGCAUAUCUCUUUUAUGGAGCUUAAUGUAUGUAUAUAUAUCUCUCUCAUGUAACUGGCAGUGAAAACUCUAACCCUAUUGUAAAAAAACAAACAGAAAUGUUUUAUAGUGGGAAUGUCUGAUAGUUUCUAUAAUUGUACAAUAUUGCAUUUUUCUUGUGUGGUAUUACCUUGACAGUCAUUUUGUUACAAGGAUACAUUGCGUAAUGAGAUAUAGAGACUUAAUUUCUUGUAUUUGAAGUGGUAAUGUUAUUUAUAUUGGAUCUGCAUGGAUAUGGUUCUCUUACCAUUUGCAAUUCUGAAUUUAGGAUUGGCAAGGUGGAAUAGUAGAAAAGUGGACUCUAAAAUGUUUGCCAAUUCUGCACUAAUUCUACAGUAAUUCUAUUGUUUGGCAUUCAUCUAAAUGUACAGUAUAUUUGGUAAAUGUAUUAUGUUUAUUGUUACGUUUUCC